CCUAGGGCGUGGAUACCACUUUGGUUCUGCAUCAAGUACGUCAAGAGCCAGAUCUGUCUCAACUGUAUCAACUGCAAGUUGGACUGCAAUCCCAUACUCAGUAUAUCAGCACAAGGGAGGUCGAAUCACAGCUCAUCAUGCCACCACCAAUUGGUUUCUGGCCACCAGACUAUCUUCAAGUCAACCGUGUCCGCUUUCAGUCUCGUUAUCCUAUAGUCCGCUUCGUCCACAACGAACCGAAGGUGGUCUAUCUUGCCCGAAACGUAGCCUCAAACAGUCAGGCUGACUCCUAUUGGGCACGUCUCGAAUCAUAUGGGGAACGGUUCAAUCUCAGAGUGUUCAAAGGAGAGUCGACGAAGUCCAGCGUCAUCCGAGACUUCGAUGUGCUCUUCCAGGUUCACCGCGUCGAGCAAGCCGCAUGGCUUGUCCGACUUCUAGACAAACUCCGGAAAGCCCAGAGAGACGAAAAUGACACAUACGAUGUGCCUGCAAGCUUGAAGUUGUUGAAGCAAGCCGACGUCCGAAGAUUCCUCAAGGAGACGAUCCGCCUGGUUCUCGAGGAAUGUGUCGGCAAUGAGCCAAGAUACGUCUUCCAUUUCAUUGGCGACAGCGACAGAGUCAUUACACGUUACUAUAUGCCCCACGGAAAAGUCAGUGUCCAACUCUUCUCUCGGCCCAAACCUGUGCGAAAUCUGACUCGGAGCGAUGCUAUCGAUGAUGUGGACUUACAUGAACUGGAUUCAGCCGUGAUUAUCGAUGACCUCGCCGAGUGGGUAUCCAAGACGCCAGGUGUGCGCACCAGACCAGGCAAGGAAAGAGCGUACGCAAUCAUCCUCGACAAAAUCGAGACAUGGCAUCGGGCAAGACUUGGCGAACACCACCUGAUCCGUGCGAUAUACCAUCACAAAGAGGACUUCACGGUUGAUGACAAUUUCAAGCGACAAUUGAGGUAUGCCAAGAGCGCCUAUGAUGGGUGACUACGAGAGGGCACGGUUGCAAAGGAGAUCGGACGACGCUGGUGAUUCUGAAUUGAGCAAAGAAAAGGGCGUUUGAGAUUGAGGACGACAACGACGAAUCACAGUUGCGAGGAACGAAUGUUCCUAGAGCUUUGAGAGGCUCGUCACCCACAGUAAGGCUUCCGGUUGGAGAGGUGGUCGAACUCUAGCGCAGUUGAUGAGAGUAAUGCGUUAUCAUGGGUCACGGAAGAAAAGGCGUGGCAUCAGCUGGAGAUAUGGAGAAAAUGACACUUUGUCGACUGAUCU